AUGUAUGUUGUUCUACUGGCUUGGUUUGAUCUGACUAUAACCACAACAAGACUCCACCACAAUAGGACUCUACCACAACAGGACUCUACCACAACAGGACUCUACCACAACAGGACUCCACCACAACAGGACUCUACCACAACAGGACUCCACCACAACAGGACUCCACUACCACAACAGGACUCUACCACAACAGGGACACAACCACCACAACAGGACUCUACCACAGGACUCUACCACAACAGGACUACAAGGACUCAACCACAACAGGACUCCACCACACAGGACCUCCACCACAACAGGACUCCACCACAACAAAACUCCACCACAACAGGACUACCACAACAGGACUACCACAACAGGACUCCACCACAACAGGACUCUCUACAACAGGACACAACAGGACCACCACAACAGACUCCUACCACAACAGGACUCCACCACAACAAAACUCCACCACAACAGGACUCUACCACAACAGGACUCCACCACAACAGGACUCCUACCACAACAGGACUUUACCACAACAGGACUUACCACAACAGACUCCACCACAACAGGACUCCACCACAACAGGACUCUACAACAGGACUCCACCACAACAGGACUCCACCACAACAGGACUCUACCAAACAGGACUUACCACAACAGGACUCCACCACAACAGGACUCCACCACAACAGGACUCUACCACAACAGGACUUUACCACAACAGGACUCCACCACAACAGGACUCACCACAACAGGACUCUACCACAACAGGACUUUACCACAACAGGACUCCACCACAACAGGACUCCACCACAACAGGACUUUACCACAACAGGACUCCACCACAACAGGACUCCACCACAACAGGACUCUACCACAACAGGACUUUACCACAACAGGACUCCACCACAACAAAACUCCACCACAACAGGACUCUACCACAACAAAACUCCACCACAACAGGAUUUCACCACAACAGGACUCUACCACAAUAGGGCUCCACCACAACAGGACUCCACCACAACAGGACUUCACCACAACAGCACUCCACCACAACAGGACUCCACCACAGCAACACAGUUAGAGAAUAAAGAAAUUGAGAUUGUUGAAUGA